AUGAAUUUCGAAGUCUUAGGAGCCAAAGAACUGGAUCCUGAACUAGACGAUUUGGAAAAUACUUUCAAAAUGUUACUCUUUGCUAAAGCGGAUAUGGGAUCUGAUUCGAGAAAAACUCAUGAUGACUGGAAAUUUUCGCAACAACUCGGUCCACAUGAUCAGUCACGUAGCUGUCACAAACCAAUCGACAUUUACGAGCUAUACGGGGAGAAAAUGUGGAUGGUCACUGUUUUCGUGACAUUACUUCUUACCCCUUUACUAAUUCAAGGAAGUGCCGUUUGUAAACACUGCGACGAAUGUGUUUACAAUGAACAGAAUUCGGUGUACUAUGCCGGACGCAAGCUUGUGGCUGCAAAGGACGUGUUGAAGAGGCUCAAGGCUGUGAAACCUAUGUACGGAAUCGCAAAAUGGAUGCGCACUAUCGACAAUUCAGUCUAUUACCUUAAAAGCAGAACACGAAGAGGCGAAUGUGUGAACCGUGCAUUAUUUGAGAUAAUCGAAACUUUAUUUGAUGGAUAUAGUGACACUCAUAGAGAGAAAAUAUUAAAAAAGAAAAUAGAACACAAUUCGCAGCGUGUGACUGCGGUAAUAAUUCCAUACCUGUUUGACGCUAUGACUUCCUUGAUGGAUGUGUUGAAGAAAUUUUGCCCUAUCACUAAAGAGAGCAUGAACCUUAAAAAAGCUUUAGCUGAUGCUUACAAGAAAAAAAACAACCUUAAUGAGUUAUUUUUUGAGGAAACCUUUGAUGCUAUAAGAGCCAUAGAUAAAGCAAUUUCGAAGUUUUUAGAUGAUCCUUUUAAAGGACGUUUCUCUUGUUAG